AGAGGAGCCAUCCAGGUUUGGUCAUUGGCCAUAUGAGAACAGCAGCACGGGGAGUUAGCUAUCCCUGUACAAUGGAUAUGACAUCACUGUGUGGUACCGGCAUCCCUCGGCCUCACUACUAGUACAUGUUAGUCUGUUACAGAUGCAGAUGUACAGUGUUCUGUAUUGAAGCCUUCCGGAUGGCCUUCUGUCAAAAUCGACUGACAUCCGCCAUGGCUGCAUAUCUGGGCAUAUUUAUUUUAGCUCUGAGUGUUGUGGGACAGCAGCUCCCCUCCAGCCCGCAUGGCUGCAUGGAGGGCAGCUGUUACCCGGCAACAGGCAACCUGUUGAUUGGCCGAGCCAUUAAUCUCAGCGCCACCUCCACUUGUGGUCUUCAUGGGCCAGAACACUACUGCAUAGUCAGCCACCUGCAGGAAUUGGACAAGUGUUUUGCGUGUAACUCUCAGCAUCCUUAUGACCCGUACAACCACAAAAACAGUCACCGCGUGAAGAACGUCAUCCAACUCAAGGACAGCAACGAAGACCUCACAUGGUGGCAGUCCGUCAACGGAGAGGAGGGUGUCAGUAUCAGACUCAAUCUGGAGGCAGAAUUCCACUUCACUCACCUCAUCAUGAAGUUUAAGACAUUCCGACCGGCCGCCAUGCUGAUCGAGCGUUCGGCUGAUUUUGGUCGCUCCUGGAGACCGUACCGUUAUUUUGCCUACAACUGCACCAAGACGUUCCCACGCGUGCCUGCCCACGCCCUCCACUACAUCAAUGAUGUCAUCUGUGAGGAGAGAUACUCUGACAUCGAGCCCUCCACGYAAGGAGAGGUCAUUUAUAAAGUGCUKGACCCUGCCAUACAUGUGAAAGACCCAUACAGUCUGGAGAUUCAAGAGCUGUUGCGGAUCACCAACCUGCGGAUCAACUUCACCAAGCUGCACACCCUGGGAGAUAACCUGCUGGACCGGCGCUCUGACGUUCUGCAGAAGUACUACUACUCCCUGUAUGAGCUGGUGGUGAGGGGCAGCUGCUUCUGCUACGGACACGCCUCAGAGUGUGCCCCCGUGCCAGGGGUUGAUGCCAGGGACAGUGGCAUGAUCCAUGGGCGAUGUGUGUGUAAACACAACACUGAGGGGUUAAACUGUGAACGCUGCAGAGACUUCCACAACGACCUGGCCUGGAGCCCAGCCGAGGCCAACGACCCUCACACAUGCAGAAGAUGUAACUGUAACGGCACUCCACAGUGUCAUUUGAAGCAUGGCGGUGACGGCACGGGCAAUGCCGGCGGUGGCGUCUGUGACCACUGUCUCCACAACACCAUGGGACGCAACUGUGAGAUGUGUAAACCAUUUUACUACAAGGACCCCAGCAGGGACAUCAGAGACCCCGCCGCUUGUACUGCGUGUGACUGUGAUCCUGUGGGCUCCAUGGAGGGAGGUGUGUGUGACAGCCACACAGACCUGGACAUGGGCAUGAUCGCCGGGCAGUGCCGCUGUAAGCUCAACGUUAAGGCCACCCGCUGUGACUACUGCAAGGAGGGUUACUACGGCCUGGCCCACAACGACCCACAGGGCUGCCAACCGUGUAACUGUGACCCUCGUGGGACCAUAAUCCUGGGAGCACCAUGUGACCAGAUCAGUGGGGACUGCUCCUGUAAGAGAUACGUCACAGGCCGCUACUGCAACCAGUGUCUGGUAAGACUGGCCCUGUGUAUGGUAGAAAAUGGCCAGUGUGACUGUAGGAGGCACCUGAUUGGUCGUCAGUGUUCUGACGUGCAGCCUGGGUACUUCUGUGCCCCGCUAGACUACUACAAAUAUGAGGCAGAGGACGCCGUUGGCCACUCACCUAGUGACCACAACCUCCCGGGCAAGGCCAGGCCCCAGGCUGAGAUUGACUGUGUGGAGCACCUCAACAACCAGCUGAGGAGACACAGACGCCACAGACGCAUCGCCACCACCCAGCAGCAGAGGGCAGCACUGAGACGCAUCCGCCAGCUGCAGCAAACGCCUGAUGUAAGGAGUGUUCACAGGGAGAGAUCUCAGGGUCACAUGGUCACCUGGACUGGACCUGGUUUUGCCCGGGUCAAGGAUGGCGCUGGACUGGUCUUCACAAUAGACAACAUCCCCCAUGCCAUGGAGUAUGACAUCAUGAUCCGCUAUGAGCCAGAGUCUACUGAGGACUGGGAGACCAUAGUGAGUGUUACCUCCCUGCUGCUGCCCACCAGCUCCCGCUGUGGCAACCUGCUUCCCACUGAACAGCUCUACACUGUCACCCUGCCGCACAACAGGAGGUAUGUCCAGAUGCCCAGGCCUUUCUGCUUUGAGCCCAGUAACCGUUAUGUCGUGGCCAUCAGAUUCCAGCGCCACGGAGUGUCCCAGAGACACCUGACCGCUUUCAUCCUUGUUGAUUCGCUGGUGCUGAUCCCCAAGUACACGGAGCUGCUUGGUUUCCAGGGUAACGACCCCGCGGCGGAGGAGCGCCGUGAUGAGAUGGUGCGCUACAUGUGUCUGGACUCCUUCAUGGCCAUGCCCAUGCCCAUGCUGGCAGAGAUGUGCACCAAGCUCAUCUGCAGCAUCUCUGCCAUCCUGCAUGAUGGAGCUCUGCAAUGUCAGUGCGACCCCCAGGGGUCUCUCAGUGCUGAGUGUGACAGGGUCGGAGGUCAGUGUCGCUGUAAACCCAACGUGAUUGGACAACGGUGUGACCAGUGUGCACCUGGCACUUACGGCUUUGGACCAUAUGGCUGUACUGCCUGCGACUGCCAUUCCCAGGGCUCUCUGGGGCACCAGUGUGACCCGGUGACGGGGCAGUGCCCGUGCAGACAGGGGGCCAGCGGGCGCCAGUGUUCAGACUGCCAGCCUGGCCAGUGGGGCUUUCCCAGCUGCAGGCCAUGCCAGUGUAACGGUCACACUGAUGACUGCAACCCGCAGACAGGGGAGUGCCAGACCUGCAGAGACUACACUGAUGGACAGUACUGUGAAAGGUGUGUGAAUGGUUUCUUUGGGAACCCAGUGCUGGGGUCUGGAGAUCACUGUCGACCAUGUCCCUGUCCUGGGAACCCAGGAAGUGGACACUCCAAUGGGGACUCCUGUCACACUGACAUCUCAUCCAAUCAGAUCCUCUGCAACUGUAAACAGGGAUAUACAGGCCCUCGCUGUGAACGCUGUGCCCCUGGUUACUAUGGCAACACUGAGCACCCAGGCGGGCAGUGCCACACCUGCCAGUGUAGUGGCAACAUCGACACCCAGGACCCAGAGUCAUGUGACCCCAGGACAGGACAAUGCCUGAGGUGCCUGUACAACACGGACGGCGCCUCCUGCUCCGACUGUAAACGUGGUUACUUCGGCAACGCCCUGGCCCAGGACUGCAGGCGUUGCACAUGUGUAACAGCAGGUACACAGCAGUCCUACUGCACUGCCGGUCAUUGCCACUGUGACAGACAGACAGGAGCAUGCCCGUGUCGGGACAACGUGGUCGGCCACAACUGUGACCAGUGUGCCCCCGACUACUGGAACUAUGGCACAGACAGAGGGUGUGAGCGGUGUGGCUGCCACCCUCUGCACGCUAUGGGAUCACAUUGCAACAUGUUUAGUGGACAGUGUCACUGUCAGCAAGGCUUUGGGGGAAGGCAGUGCACUGAGUGUGAGCAGUUCCAUUGGGGAGACCCACGUGUGCAGUGUGAAGAGUGUAACUGUCACCCUUUGGGCUCGGAGAUGGCCCAGUGUGACCGUGUGACGGGGGUGUGUGAGUGUAGGGAGGGGGCGGUGGGGCGGCAGUGUGACGAGUGUGCCCGCGGGUUCACCGGGGUAUUCCCUAAGUGUGUCCGGUGCCACCCCUGCUUUGAGCUGUGGGACGAUGCAGUGUGUAUGAUCCGCCGGGACCUGGACCACAUCCACCAUGAAAUCCACAAGAUCCUGGAGAGCGGAGAGACGCCCGGGGUGGGAGACAAACGCAUCAGCGAGCUGGAGAACAAACUGGCCCAGGUACAGAACCUGAUCCAAGACGGAGACUGGGACAGACUACACCAGCUGAUUGGCCAGUCCAUCGAUGACCUCAGAGCAGAGAUAGCUCUGACUGACGGCCGUUUGAUGGGUGUGGCCCGGGAGCUGAAUGGGACAGCGGUGCAGGACGAGGUACUAAGGAGGAACCUGACCCAGAUGGAGAGAGAACUCAGGGACCUCAACACCACUCUGAUGCACCACCGCCAAAAACAGGAGAACAACAUCAGCUCUGGUUUCCAAGAUCAGUUUGACAAUGUGAAGAAGUACUACAGUGAGUCCCAGAAGGCUCAACAGAAGUGCAGCUCCUCAGUGUCUGGUCCUUUCAGCCCCGUGGAGGAGUCUAAAGCAACACGCGCACACACCGAGGACCUUCUGAACAAGAGGCGGGAUAAGUUCCUGCGCACGGUGGCGGCCCAGAAGAAAUCAUUGUCAGAGCUGCAGAACAAAGCCCAGGACGUAGACAAGAAAGUCCACCACCUGAGCCACAAGGUAUGUGGUGGCCAUUCCAAUGCCAGCUCCAAUGGCACAUGUCACGACAGCCCAUGUGGGGGUGCUGGUUGUCGUGACAAUGACGGUCGGCGGGUGUGUGGAGGGGACGGGUGUGACGGGACUYUUAGCGCCUCCCUACAGGGACUGAAACAUGCCAAUGAUGUCACAGACAACCUGACUGCUGCCAGUGAGGAUCUCCAGGGUAUGGCUAAGAAGCUCCAGGACAUUGCUAUGCUGACCCAGGAUGUGAAYAAUCAAGCCAUGGACACCCUGGACAAAGCUCAGAAGAAGAAGGACUUAUUUGAAAACUCCAAUAAAAAACUCAAGGAAUUCAUUCAGAAGAUCAAAGAUUUCCUGACUGAGGAGGGUGCGGACCCAGAGAGCAUAGAGAAGGUGGCUCAGCAGGUGCUGGCCAUAUCUCUUCCUGUCAACAGAACCACUCUGGACAGCAUGGUCCAGCAGAUUAAAGACAACAUUAACAACCUGACAGAUGUAGAGGGGGUCUUCAACCACACCUCCCAGCAACUCCACCAGGCCAAGGAGCUGCUCAACCGAGCUAAGGAUGCCAAGACACGAGCAGAAGGAGUGAAGGACACAGCCAACAUGACUAAGCAGGCGUUGGAUGCGUCUGAAAAGGCUAUUCAGAAAGCAACCAAAGCCCUGGACCAUGCUCUGAACAACCUGAACAGCACCAGGAACACCACCGCAACGGUGGAGGAGAAUCUUCAGGAUCUGGAGGUCAAGCAGAUGGAUGCUAUGAUGCGACUGGCCAACCUGUCGAUGGGGGUAGAGGCACUAAAAACUAAGACCAAUCAGAACAGGGAGAUGGCCCAAGAUGCCAAGAACCAGGCCGAAAAUGCCACUAAUGCAGCAUCGGGACUGAAGCAGAGGCUGAAUGAAACGGAGGAUCGGUACAAGGAACUGCAGAUGAAGGUGGACUCUCUGGGUGGGGCCUCGGGGGGCCUGGGGAACGUCAACCAGAGGGCCAAGGAGAUCAAGAAGGAGGCUGAAGACCUGCUCACUAAGGCCAACAAGGGCAUAGAAACGCUACGGAAGCUUGAGAAGAAGUUCCGUAAUAAUGAGCAGAAAAUGCUGGWCCAGCAGAGCGAGUUAGGAGAGCUGGAGAGGAACGCCACGGAAGCACGGGAGGCCAUACGAAAGCAGGUGCAGACAUACAACAACUGUAACUGAUCAUGUGGAUUGAACGAUGUAGGAGAGAAAAACUGUAUUCAUGAAAAUGUACCACUGGUGCUUCAUUCCCAUUCUCUCUGUCAAAUUUGAAAUGAAUUUAAUAAAAAAUAUUAUCACAAAAAAAGAAGAAAUACGGCAACUGUUAGUGACGGGAGGAACACUGGGUCAUGUGUACUGUACAGCUGUAGUCUGUUAGAACAUAGCAGGGAGCUCCUUCUGAUGUUGUGAAUAUGCCAGUAAAACUGGCAGUAGAACUGUCUGCACUACAUAGGUCAUCUGCUUCUGUUAGUAACUCCCAAUCAUUCAUUUCAUGGUUUUGACAUGAUGCCAUCUGCACAAGUUUGUUGUGUAGCUAUGUCUUGAACACGACACCUGGCUAUGGACCAAUUAAACAUGUUUUGUGUUCCAAGGUAGAUUGACUUUUGAAUUAAUUUAAGAAAAGAGAUCAGAGAGAAUGUUUUACAGAGGAAUAUGUUCUUUUGACCAAUUAAAUGCCAUUUCAGGAAUUAUUUUUGAUUUAUUUUGACUACAGUACUUAUAUGUACAAUAUGACAUACAUAUCGAAAAGGAAUACGUGAUACCUAGGAGUGACAGAUGUUACUUUUUUGUUGUUGUAACCAAGUAUGGUCUUGAUUCAGAAAAUACUUUUUCGUCAGCCACACAUAUACAUUACACACAAAAACAAACACACGUACGGUCGCUCACACAAACAAAACAUGUUCUACACAAAUUUCAGACCCAUUGAUGUAUAAUUGAAACAGACGUCUAUGAAAAAUAAAUAUACAUUUGAUA